UGAUCGAUGCAUUGAUUGGACCGCGCUUCGCCCUGCUAAGGUAUCCGUACGUUGUUCGGACCCCACCAUGCUACGGAGUAUGGUUUUGUCUUACACCUUCCAGUCUGCUUGAUUUUCGAAGAAGCGUACCUGUCGAGAACAGAAAAAAGGCCACCCUGAUGGGAUGGGAUGGGAUGGGAGAGAAAGACCGACACGCCCGAGAGGAAGGCAGCAGCAGCAGCGCACAGACACAGCCGCGCCGUGCACGGAGCCUCUCUCACCGAUACGUACCCCUCUUUUGGGCUCUUUCCUCCCGUUCCACUUGCUGCCGCUGCUCUUGCCGCCUUUUUUGCAUGACUUCCCGUCUCUCCUUCUUGGUACCCAAGGUACGAGGUCGUGCCUUUCCUUCGCAUUCUCAUCCCAUCUCAGUGCCUCUUGCAGCAACUUGCUACCUUCCCUUAGCUCUUGCAUUUGGGGUCGGUACGUACCCCCAUCUCAUCCCACUUUGUAUGCUGCAAACCCCCACUGCUGUUUUUCGGCCCAUUCCCCUCUCAGUAAAAGUAGAAACGCGACAGGAAAACCGAAGAGAAGGAGGAAAAAAAAAAAAAAAAGAGGCAGAGCGCAUAUGCAACACCAGCACUUGAGCCUACUGCACCUCGCAAAUUACCAGGGGAGGGGCCGUAUGAUUUUCUCCAGUAGACGGAUAUUCUUUAGCCUGCCUGUCUACUUGUACCUUGGCCAGUGGAUCAAUAUUCUGUACAAGAGAGUCGCUGGUUGGCUAAACCUUCCUCUGGUCGGCUCGCCACAAGGUAAGAAAGUAACAGGGCAAGUGAGAACCUGAGCCAGCUCAUCGGUCGUCUCUGGCAAGAAAGCACCAGUAUCCCGAAGAGGGCCUUCCUGCCGUGUUAUUGUCGUUCCGCGCCUCGUCCGCUCUUCGCUCUCGUGCUCCCCGAACCCAUUGCCCCAUUUUCCUACUAGGUAUAGGAUGUGCCAGUUCCAUGUCUCCAUACAGGGCCGUCUUGUUCAUCCAAAUUGUAUUGGCUUCCUUUGCUCUUGCAUUCAGGUCUCUUGUCGUUCGGGUGGCCGCCGGCGAUCGCCUUCUUCCCAUCCAUCCUGUUAGUCCCUUCUCGAUACCCCCCUUCCAACCACCCCUCCCCCAGCUUGGGCCCAGCGCCGACUCAGGACGUUUACUCCUCCUCCUUCUUCACCCG